GUUGGGAAAUAAAUGUAUGUAUGAACAUAACCCCAAGAGUGAGACUGGUGUCACAGGGUUGUUUAUGCCUUUUCUACUCUGAAGAGUGCCGAAGCGAGGAUUUGGUGAAGGAGAAAUAGAAACCGUGUUUUGCAGUAUCAUAUGGUGAAGGCGAAACAGAACUGCUUGUACAUCAUAUUUUAGGAUUGCCCAAAGUUUAGGGGGAUUUCCUCUGUAUUACCAGCCCUCUCCUUCAGUCAUGGCUCCCUCACUGGCCACAGCCUUCUCCAGGCGCUGGUGGAUGGCGAUUACUGCGGUGAUCGAAAGCCUGUUGUUCUCUGCUGUCCUGCUUGGAUGGGGCUCACUGCUCAUUAUGCUGAAAUCAGAGGGCUUUUACUCCUACCUCUGCAGAGAACCAGGUAACAGUACAGGGCAGAAUGCAUCUGAGAAUGAAAAUGAGACGACAACAGGCCCGAGAGAUGAGGAGGAGGAAAAUCUUAAGAUGAAUGGCUGGACCAUCUGUAAAGAGCAAGAUGAGAUGCUGAACUUGGCCUUCACCAUCGGCUCCUUCCUCCUCAGCGCCAUCACACUGCCCCUCGGCAUCAUCAUGGACAAAUACGGCCCACGCAAAUUAAGGCUGCUUGGCAGCGCUUCGUUUGCCCUUUCCUGCAUCCUAAUUGCAUAUGGAGCCAGUGACCCUAGAAAUCUCUCCAUCUUAAUCUUCUUUGCCCUUGCGCUGAAUGGGUUUGGAGGCAUGUGCAUGACCUUCACCUCCCUCACACUUCCCAAUAUGUUUGGUGAUCUCCGCUCCACUUUCAUCGCACUCAUGAUUGGCUCGUACGCCUCAUCCGCCGUCACCUUCCCAGGAAUAAAGGUGAUCUAUGAUGUCGGUGUUGCCUUCAUCACCAUCCUUCUGGUGUGGGCUGGCUGUGCCGGCCUGGUCUUCAUCAACUGCUUUUUCAACUGGCCGCUUGAGCCCUUCCCAGGACCCGAGGACAUGGAUUACACUGUGAAGAUCAAGUUCAGCUGGCUGGGCUUUGACCACAAGAUCACAGGGAAACAGUUCUACAGGCAGGUGACCACCGUUGGUCGGAGAUUGAGCGUGGGCAACUCCAUGAAGAACAAUCCAAAACAGCUGGCCACCCAAGAAGGCAACAAACUCUGCCUGUCCACCCUCGAUCUGGAGGUCCAGUGCAAGUCUGUGGAGGAAUCCCAGUCCUUCAUGCGGAGCAUCUUUAGCCCCAUAUUCAUGCUCAGCCUCAUCACAAUGUGUGUGACUCAGCUCCGACUCAUCUUCUACAUGGGGGCCAUGAACAAUAUUCUGGAGUCCCUUGCUGAUGGAGACUUAAACAAAGUGAGCACAUACACAUCUAUCUUCGGGGUGCUACAGUUGCUGUGUCUCCUGACGGCCCCUGUGAUCGGUUACAUCAUGGAUUGGAGGCUCAAAGAAUGUGAGGAUGAAAAUGAGAAACAAGUCACAAAGGAUCCCUCUCAGCCAAAGAAACGUGACAGACAGAUCCAGAAGAUCAACAAUGCUACCCGCGCGUUCAUCUUCACUAAUUUGCUGCUGGUCGGCUUUGGGAUGACCUGCCUGGUGCCCAAUCUUCAUCUACAGAUUUUGUCCUUUGUGUUGCACACCAUCGUGAGAGGCUUCAUCCACUCUGCCGUUGGUGGCUUGUAUGCUGCUGUGUAUCCUUCCUCUCAGUUUGGCAGUCUGACAGGAAUGCAGUCCCUCAUUAGCGCACUUUUUGCAUUGCUGCAACAACCUCUCUUCAUGGCCAUGAUGGGCCCGCUGGAUGGAGAUCCACUUUGGGUAAACGUGGGGUUACUGGUCCUGAGCUUGCUGGGAUUCUGCCUGCCCAGUUAUCUUCUGUGCUACGGCAGACAGCUGCUCAGAGAGAAGCAGGAGCGCGAGGAAGACCCCAAGAUCUAUGUCCAAAUCAACAACGGCACCAACCCCGAGGCCUUUGUCUAACUGCAAACGCACAGAUGAUAGUAGCCGGCAGAGAGAGCAGGAGGGUGGGGGAAAAAGGGGGGGAAGAGAACUGCAGGUCACAAAAAGAGUGAUAAACACCUCCCUGAUCCCUCCUUCUGUCUGACACACACAUAUUCUCAAUAGGCACACAAACACAAAAUACAGCCAAAGCAACCGAGAGUCUCACAACGUGCCACACAAACACACGUUUACAUGCAAUGGACUGAAUGGACACUGUGAAAGGCAAGUGUAGAAAAAAAUGAUGGCCUUGUCCUUGAAACAGACAAGGACAUCAAGUGUUUAUGUACUGCCUGACAAGAAAGAUGAGAAUGGCCCUCUUUUCUUGCAAUUCUAGCUUGAGUCUUGAAUUUCACACCAUGACAAUACAAAAGACAAAGCAAAUUCAGUGAAAUCCUCUCAGGUUUGAGGAGGCUUGACGACGCUUCCUGAACAGAGUAUUACACACAUCACUAGUAUUCAGCUUCGUGGCUAAGCUUGUUUCAGAUAUUUUCUGCAUUGUUACCUCACUUACUUUGUUUCUUUCAGCUCACAAAGCUGCUGAAAUGCGAUAUGCUGAAAUAUGAUUCAAAACUGAAAAACUACCUUAAAGCAGAACGAAUCUGCUUGUUAUUCUGUCCCAUAUGGCUCUUCAUUGGAAGUGGACAGAUUUUAGAUUUUAAUCUCAUAUAUACAAGCAUGCUUUGGACAGCAUGAGCAUGAAACUGCAGCCUUUUCUGAACUGGGCUGAUUUUAAAGGACAUUCGGACCACGGCACCCGAGGCUAAUGUAAACUAAGCAAAUUUUAAUAUGACGAUUGUGCUAUUAUUUGCUUUGGGCUGCAGAUUCAGUACAUCUAUGGGUGAGAUGAUGGUUUUUGUACAUAUCUGUCCAUUCAGAAGGUUGUAGAAGCCAUGUGGGUCUAAAAGGUUUCUCUUAAAGUGGUAUGUCGGGGAUUAGCCUCACAUUUCGAUCAAGAUUGACUGAUCUUCACCAGCAAUACUAUUCCACACUGAUCUUGUACCUUAUACCACUUUCCCAUGCAGUACUACUGGUUGAGCUUCACUUGUUAGCACAAAAUGUUUUCCUUGUAUUGGCUCAAUUAUUCAGGGUGUUUCACUUUUAGAGUAAUAAUUCAUAUCAGAUGUAUUCACCUUCAGUAUGAUUCACCUGCAAGCUUUGCUUUGUCACGUAUGUGCGAUUAGGGGUAAAAAACAAACAAAAACGCGACACAGUAAGCUCUCGGUAAAGAGAUUAGAGGCCAUUAUCAUAUAUAUCUUGCACUACAGGGUUCAUGAUUACAGAGGUGCUUACGUUAGCCAUUACAGAGUAUAUGCGUUCAACCUCAUACGUACACGAAAACCAUGUUAGCCAUACAAGAUACACGAUUUUUGUGUAUGUUCUCAAGAUUUCUGGUCUGGUUACCAUUUAACUACGGUGCUUACUAGAAUAGAAAAAACAAGGUUUCUGUGUUGGUCUACAUGAAUGAUACAGAAACCAAAUACAGAAUUUAGUUGGCUACUCAACGUAGACACACCUUGUAGUGGUAAGAACUUGAAUUUAAUUCAUAGCGAUUAAAAAAGGGAGAUUUUUGAGACAUGCUUGAUGACAAUCCCUUUUGAGAACCCAUGUUCUUGUAGCUUGUAAUGGGUUCCAGGCCAGUAUUGUGAACGACAAAACGUGAUAAAUACAUACAAUUGAGCGAAAUCGGGUCUACAAGUCCUGUGAUGGAUUUGGCUCAACUAUGCUCAGAAAACAGUGUGAAAAUUCAUGUAAAAUCAGUCAUAAAGCUUUUAAACAUGAAUUACAGUGUUGAUGUAGAUACUGUGUUUUGUGCAGAUCACUGAACAUUUCUCAUCAAAAGAUUGAUUUGAAGAUGUUUAAGUCACAACCUCACUCACUUUAACAGUAUUUUCUACAGUAAACCUACCUGAAAAGAAAAGUAUUUGUCUCUCCAUAACUGAGAGACACACACAAACAUUUGUACGAGAUCCUGGAUGAGUAAACAGGACUUCUCAACAGACCUUAUUUUAUGACCCCUUAGAAGAGGAACAGGUCAGAUCCACCCAGCAACAUCCACUUGUUGUGAAUAUUUCAUCAGAGCUGAGGCUAGACGUGAGUCUGUGAACAUUUGCUGGCUUGAACAUUGCAAGUGAAUUCCAAUCUAAUGCAGUACUGUACUAAGCGCAAUGAAUGUGAGAGUGAAACUUUUGCUCUCAGAACGAAAGAAGUAGCACUUUUCCUCACUGCCAUACCUUAAAUUUUCAUUUUUAUCUCAGUUGUCACAAUCACAUUUUUUGGGUUUUAAAUGUUGGUACCCCCAUUGUACGUGUAUGAGCGUGAAAAAUGCCCAUACACAGAGAUGUAAGAGGGAAGAAAAGUGAGAAAGAUCAGCUUUAACAUCGUUUUCUCUCUGUACUGUAUUGUAUUUGUUGUGUCAUUUGUUGAUUAUUUUGUUGAUUUAUCUACUUUGUAGGUUGUGUUUUUAGUUAUGUGUACGUGUACAUAUUUUCUUUUCUUUUUUUUUUUUUUUUGUGGGUGGUUUACUGUACUAUGCUUUAGGGUUACUUCAUUCUAUUACUAUAUAGCACCUUUUUGAAUAAAUGUCCCAGCAAAUAUCAGAUAUGUGACAAAUAAAUAAAAACAUUAAUUUGUAUGAAA